UACCCAAGGAACACAUCUACCGGCAUCCGUUCGCCGCCUCCGCGCAUUAUCCCAACACAAACACAAUCCUCAUCCCGGCAUCUUCACAUUUCCACCAUGAACGCCACCGUCAACAAUUCCCUUCCGGCGUGGAGAACCUACUCCAACGAACUAACCGCCUGGUUCACCAUCAUGCUCAUCUUCUGCAUCCUCGGUGGAUUUUUCAACACAUGUUUAUUCCUGAUUAUCAUAACCAGCCAGAAACUGCGCUCGGGAUCGGGUUACUUAAUCGCGCAUCUGUUAUUGACCAACGCGGUAUUAUGCUCCGUACAUAUGUUGAUCUUAUCCGUCUCCACGUAUUUUUACGCACCGGUUAAUCCACUCUCCGAUACAUUCUGCCAACACACUUUAUUAUGGUACUACGCUUCCCUGGAUUCCGUUAACUACACGUCGCUUUUAAUCGGGAUUAAUCGCCUAAUCGCUAUAAUCUUCCCGCAUCACUAUCCUCACCUAACCACGAAGCCGGUGACCUUUUCCAUGGUCCUGUUCCCCUGGAUGAUCGGUUUCACCCUCGCCUUGCUCGUCUACUUUCGCCAGGGCGCCGUUUUCCAGUCGACCCCGCCGUGGGGGACGUGCGGGGUGGCGCCCGCCCCGGAGACGGUCACCUACACCGUUAUCACCCAUCUGGCCGCGACGGUGCCCAUUACCGCCCUGGGCGGCGUCUACCUGCUGAUUUUUUUACAUGUGGGCGUGGAGAUUGUCCGCCGGCAGCGGCAGGUGGUGGCCGCGGAGGCCGUGAAGGAGGUGCGGAAGCGGGUGGUGUUCCGGCGCCGGUGGCGGAGUGUGCGGAUGCUCUUCGUGUCGUAUGUGUGGUAUACGUGCUGUCUGAUGCCGGCGCCCAUUGCCGCGGGGGUGUUCGCCGGGGCGUACACGUCGCAGCCGGUGUUGGCGUUGUUUUUACGCGCGCUGCUGUUGUUCGGGUAUGCGACGAUUCCGGUUGUUUGUCUGAGCAUCAACGCGGAUUACAAAAAUCGCUGCCGGAUGGUAUUAUCCAGGAUUCACUCGUACUGCACCGGUGAUAUCGGACAUGCGACGGCAGAUGGUGUUCAACGUCGCUUUACUCUGACGCAGUCACAACUCAAAGAGGUCGAUUAA